GCUCCAUUCCUCCGUGUUUCUGCUCCUCACCCUGCCCUGUUUUUGCUAUCGCACCUUGACAGGGAAGGGAGGAGUGACUUGGUGUGAAAGACCAGGAAUGUUCCGCCUUAGCGGAGUCAACUGUGAUUCGUCGAGGAAGUAUGCGAAGUGUGAUCCGGUUGGAUGAUCCAUAUAUUGGGUGACCGACCCUCACUGCUACCUGGCCACAUCUCCCUCAUGCCGCUUGGACUAGGUCGUCGGAAGAAGGCCCCUCCACUGGUGGAGAAUGAGGAAGCUGAGCCCAUCCGUAGCGGCCUGGGUGGGGUGGGGGUAGGCAGUGUUGGCAGUGUGGCAACCCUUCAGCCAGGCCUUCCCCCUCCCCCAGCCAGUCUUCGCCCUCGCCUGGUAUUCCACACUCAGCUUGCCCAUGGAAGUCCUACUGGCCGGAUUGAGGGCUUCACCAAUGUGAAGGAGUUAUACAGUAAAAUUGCAGAGGCCUUUAAAAUCUCACCAGCUGAGGUGAUGUUCUGUACCUUAAAUACCCACAAAGUGGACAUGGACAAAUUGUUGGGUGGCCAGAUUGGCCUGGAAGACUUUAUCUUUGCCCAUACAAAAGGCCAGAGGAAGGAGGUUGAUGUGUUCAAAUCUGAGGAGGCCCUUGGGUUGACCAUCACUGACAACGGUGCUGGCUAUGCUUUCAUCAAGAGAAUCAAGGAAGGGAGUGUUAUUGACCGGAUCAAAGUCAUCAAUGUGGGGGACAUGAUAGAAUCCAUCAAUGGCCAGAGUCUCAUCGGCUGUAGGCAUUAUGAGGUCGCCAAAAUGCUGAAGGACUUGCCCAAAGGCCGAACUUUCACAUUGAAACUCACUGAGCCCCAGAAGGCUUUUGAUAUGAUCAGUCAGAGGUCUGCAGGAGGCAAACAUGGUGGGAGUGCUCAGCUUGGCACAGGGAGAGGAACCCUGCGGCUUCGGGCCAAAGGGCCAGCCACGGUGGAGGAGCAGCCAUCAGCAUUUGAGGAAAAAGCCAUUGAGAAGGUUGAUGAUCUUCUGGAGAGCUACAUGGGCAUCCGUGACACAGAACUUGCUGCUACCAUGGUGGAGCUGGGCAAGGACAAGCGUAACCCUGAUGAGUUUGCCGAGUCCCUGGAUGAGCAGCUGGGUGACUUUGCCUUCCCUGACGAGUUUGUCUUUGAUGUCUGGGGAGCCAUUGGUGAUGCCAAGGUUGGGCGCUACUAGGACUCUGUGCUCUGCUGGACCCUGCAGGCAGGACCUUUGGGCAGGCCACUGGUGGGCCUGGCACACCACUGUGCCCUCCCUUUGAUGCGGGCCACCCGCCUUUUCUUCGUAGGGGCUGCAGAGCUCCUCGAGCAAUAAGUAACCCGCAUCAGUGGCUGGAGUGUAAUAUGAACUGGGGCCAGAAUCUCUGCUGCUAUUUCCUUCCCACACUCCCUCUCCGCCCCCCCACCCCACCCCAAAUGCCUCCACAGGGAAGAUUCACCAUCCCUGUGUGCCGCCAGCCUGAAAUCCAUGUUUUUAUUUUCCUCCUUUAGGCUAGGUGCUACCACUUGGCUCACACAGUUUCCUGUUCUUGAAGAUGUAUCUGGUCCUUGCUAGUUUUUAAGCCUAUCCUUGUGCGAAGGGGAGCAAAUUCAGGCAACUCCAUUUAAGAAGAGGAGGGUGACAUACUGUUCUUGAGAUCCUGACACAGAGUUACUCUAGGGAAUCCUACGGCACUGCAAGAGACGUGGGUGGGAUAAGAAUAGAUGGAGUUGGCUUUUAGUCUUGGGAGUUGGUAGUGCAACCAAAGAUCCUGGCUCUGCAUAUUUCUCCUCAGCCGACAGAGGCUUAAAAGGGCAUAGACCAGGCCUUUCCCCACAGCAUGAAUUUCCUCUCUUAGUCCACCCCAUAUCACUUGGUACGUCAUAUAUUUGGCAAUUUUUUUCUUUUGCAGUGGGUCCACUUGCUGUAAACGUAAUUUCUUUCUUUCUCUCAUGAAUUGUCUUAGGGAACUCACUCCUUGGCUUCAUGUCUCCUUUUGUUGUGCAAUGAGGCACCAACUUUACCCCUGAGAUUCUACUUGAUUUACAGGUGUUGGUUGUCCCCUGUAGCUGGCAAAGCCAAUGACAAUGCCUCCCUCAACCUCCUUGUUCUGUUACCAGCCACAGAGCUUGAAUCUAUUUUGGUCCAUGUUCUCUGCGUCUUUUGGCUGGGAACCGCAGAACAGCCAGCGGCUGCAUAUGGCAUCCUUGGCAUAAGAGCGUGACCCAACCACAGCUAUUCCCCUUCACUCUGAAUGAAUCUGGCCUGCCCUGCCCUCCAAAUGGCCUUGCACCCUGUCACUCUCCCAGAGCUAAGCACAGUUUCGAGCCUGCAUCCCACCACCACGACUUUGCAGCUGGAUUUCUAGCCCGAGGAAAGUCAUGCUGUGUGUAUAGUGCAAAGACUGCCCCGUGUCUCUCUCAGGGGACGAGCCUGUGCAUUUUCAGACCUGUGGCAUUUUCCUGCACUGAAGCUGAGGACAGCCCCUUACAGGGCUGGUUCUAGGGAAUUCUGUUGCUCAGGAUGUUCAUUAUCAGCACUCGGGACCUUCUCCAGGAACAGCAGAGCAAGAGGGGCCCCUUGCCAAUAUCUGUCUUGACUAACCGGUCCAUGUUGUCAUACUGACCUACCUCCCCAGGGUGGCCCAGUUAAUAUCUGUGAUGCUCCCUCUCUUAAAUUAUUUAUAUCCACUCACUCACUCACUCUCACACCACCACCCCAUAUACUGGGCCUUUACCCUGUGUUACAUCCCAGUACUGUAGUUUGGGCACUGUCUGGCUCCCCUGGUAGCUGGCGAAGUCCCUCCUCUCUUACAUCUCACCGCCCCACUUCACCUACUGUAUCUCUUAAGACACUAAUCCCAGGUAGGAUGUGGAGCUUUUGCUGCCCUUUGGACCACACCACACAAUUGGUGGGGUGCAAAAGAGAGGGCGAGGCCUCUACCAAACCUUGCCCCUUUCCUGUGUUCUGGCAGCAAAAGGAUUUGGGAAGAACAGGCAGCAUCAUGUCCUCCUUGGGCAUAUUUUUUUUAUUCUACAUGUAAAGCAUCUUUAAGAUAAAAUAUAUUGACAGUACUAAA